CUGGGAAGACGGAUUUAUAUAUUUAUUUUAUAAAUGUCACUCUUUGUAACAUCGUCGUUGUUCCGUGGUAACAACAUGUAGCGGGUCUUUGAUUAUGCCUCCCCGGACGAACUAAUGAGUGCAACAACCUGUAACUACCUUGCAAUUAUUGGUUAUUAUCGUAAGGUUUUCCGCACCACCAGAUGUCGGGGAAUCUUAUGUUGUCUUGAGUGACCGGACUCCGGUUUCAGACAAAGAGCCGUGAGAGGAGCUAAUCAACACGGAUCAUGAAUAUUUCAUCACUAAUGGCCAAACUUUUUUUAUUUUUUCCCCCCAGGCGAAAUCCGUUCCGCGUUUCGCACCUCGUCCGACGCUUUCUGGCCUUAAUUACGAGGCUUUAGAGCACCAGGUGUAGCAUUGCACUCAGACAUGUGAGUGGUUUCCAAAACAGUUAGUAGGCCAGGUCAGUCCAUCCCAGAUCCCCGUCUUAACUGGUCUUCUUCUUGAGCAUCCCUUGAGAUAAGAAAAGGACGAAACACCUUGGCGUGCUCGAUUGGACAAUAUUCUGAACAAAAGUAGCCCAAAGGAGACUUGUUUCAUAACCAAGAUGAAGUUGGUCAUUUUAAAAUGUUCCCCUUUGCGUGAAAUUAGUGUUUUCUAACUUGACGGAAUAGGAAAAGACGAUAUCGCUAUUUUUUUUAUCUGGACAUUUUGAGGCGAACGUCGGGAAAAUGUGGUCAACGCCUACCAUUUGUAUUGUGUGCAUCCUCUUUGGAACAGUCUGCGAUGUUAAAGAGUGCUCCCAAAUCCCACCGCCGCACAGCGGCGCUGAGUUACAGGAGGAGAUCCGGAGCGUUAUAGAACAAAUUCAAUCACUGACCAGAGUAGUAACUGAUUAUAAAACACUAAAAGGCAGCAGCAACUCAAGGUCAGGGCAUAUCCAAGGCGAUGCUUCGUCCCGAUCCGGAGGAGACCCAUCCCGGUUGGAGGGUGUCCACUUAAACUCCUAUUAUAGCGUCUUAGUUAACCUAUAUUCGGUAUACAUGCCGUUAAUGAGCGAGCGAUUCGUCAAUAACCUUCCCGAAACACUCGUGUGUAUCCUGUCCGGGACACAAGAAUGUGGCCUGGAAGCAGAGUUAACGAGGGUGGUCGUUCUAGAACUCGCUAAUCCGUUGCUGGCGCUUUUGUCGUUCAUGAGGUCGGAGGGAUGUACCCCUAAGGACACGGGUGCGGGCAGCUUAUUCAGGUCCUACUUGAGGAUGGACGAGGUGAGCACGGCGGAACUCACCGCCUUCCAGGAAAUGCUUGUAUUGGCAAUGUCACAGGUACCCCAGUCUGGGAGUCUGAUGUCGACUAUAAGUCGGCUUUUGGACAUGGUUGUGACGUAUUUCUCAACGAAGAUGGGGACUCUUAUCCAAGUCCCCAUUGAUUACGUGAACAUUGGUUUACAGUUUGGAAUUACAGUUCCUUCGCUUAAUCAAACCGAGCAAUGCCAGCAAGGGAAUCUGAAGCAGCUUAUAAUGUGGGGAAUGAAACACAACGUCAGCUGGUCCUUCGGCCCCUCCAUACUGGACAUCUUCCUGGGCUCAGAAUCCUCUCUGUGCAACGACCCCGGUUCAGAAUGCCCCAAUCCUGCCGGCCACUACAGCCGCCCUGCCUCCCAAACCGCCACCAAUGACGACGAUGAAGACUCCAUGUUCAGCUGCGACCGCCACAACCUCACUGUCUUCAACGAGACCCUGUGCGCCCACGUCCUUGCCGCUCCGCCGGAGGACCCCCCCACCUCGCUGGGGGUGUUCUGCCGCGCGCUCAGCCAGCUCAGCCCCGCGCAGCUGGAGCACGUCUGGGGUAACACGUGUCACGCCAUCCAGGCGCUGAUGUCGCCCGUCCUCACCCGGGCGCCCGCUUGUGACACCGGAGGCUACACGCCGCCACCGCCGCCGCCUGUCCUGCCCCUCCCCCCGUCGCAGGCCCGCCGCGCCAGGGCGUCGCCCAACCUCCGAAACCUGGUCUGUGACUAUGACUCCUGGUUUCAGGGUGAGGCGGUGGACGCCGGGGUGGUGAGCUUGUGCUCCGAUAACGACCGCGCCCUGUUCGUGGAGCAGGUGUGUGACAGCCCGCUGCGCAUGAUGCAGCUGCUGUCGGACCCCAACAACCACUGGAUGUUGGACUUUUGUGGUAACCUGACGUCGAACCCAGGAAUGCUGCUGAGCCUCUUCUGUGCCUACGAGGGCUGGAUGAACCAGCCGGAGGUGCCCUCUGCCAUGGUGGCCUUCUGCUGGAGCAUGGACGGCGGCAGGCUGAAGGAUCUGGUCUGCAAGGACCUCGGCCUCUUCAACUUCUUGUUCAUCAACCCGGACAACGUGGCUCUGAUCCCCAACUGCACGCACCUCGCCCUGCAGUCGCCGACGGAAGGGACCCUGGACGAGUUGGUGGCGGACUCCUGCCGCUACUCCGAGUGGCACGAUGUCAUGCAGAUCCCCAUGAACGUCAUGUCCCUCUGCACCCGCAACGACGCCGCGCGAUUCGCCGCCGAGGUGUGCGCCAACGCCACCUUCUUUAGCGCUCUGCUGCAGAACCAGGUGUACGCCAGUUGGCUGGAGGUGUUCUGUGCCAACGUGUCUCAGGUAGUCCCGCAGACCACGCCGCCAUCCAGGGUCAUCUACUGGUGCGACUACGGGAACUGGGGCGACCGGCAUGUGGACCCCUCGGUGGUGGGGCUGUGUUGGCAACACGAUAAGGACAACUUCACCACGAAGGUGUGCUGCAACUCCACGCUGUUCGACCAGCUGGCGGCGGAGACCCAGAACAAAUGGCUGCUGACGGCGUGCGGGGACAGAGACGUGGCGGAGAUGAUACCACAGGUUUGCAGAUACUCGGAGUGGACCCGGCCCAUCAUCGUGGACAUGACCGAUCUGGCGCGCUGUGCUGAGCUGGACCCCUUCAACUUCACCACCAGGGUGUGCGCCGAUGGCGUUGUGCUGAAGCACCUCCUGGCCAACCCGGACAACAUUUGGCUGCUGCAGCACUGCAUUAACGGGUCCCAACCCGGGGAGCCGCUGGGCUUCAACCUCUUCGAGCAGUGCCAGUACGCCAGCUGGGGCCUGUCGCUCCCGGACCAGGACCUCAUGGCUCUGUGCUGGAAAUACGACCAGGUGAACUUCGCUAGGUCAGUCUGCCUAGACGUCAACCUUCUGGCCUGGCUCGCCCAGGACACUUCCACCAUGUGGGUGAGCCAACUGUGCCACAGCUUCAGCCACCACGGUGCAAACGACAGCGGCCCCGGGGAGGAGAGCCAGCCCUGCCUGGCCCGAGAGCUGGUGAUGAGGUUUAACUGGUCCUGCUCGGCCGACCUGGCUCCGGUGUGCAGGCCCGGGGCGAGCGUCACAGCCUCGCUGCAGGCGGUGCUGCGCUGCUGGGUGGAGAGCCUGACCCAGCGGAUGCAGGGUCUGUCGGUGCUGAACAAGGCGGCCAGCAUGAGCGUGGUGAUGCUGGUGGCGCUGGAGGAGAGGCAGCUGACGUCGCUGCGCGUCACGGACCAUAUCCGGCGGAGCGUGCUGAACUCCACCGCCCUCUACCUGGAGAGAGAGACCAACUUCGAGAACAAGAGGGUCCUCCUGCAGUGCUUUGGGAAAGAACUCACCAGCCUGAUGGAGUCGCGCACCAUACUGGACCCAGAGGUCUUCCUCAUCCAGGAGUAUUUCCGGAUCCCUCUGGAGAGUCUGCGUGCUGUGCUGAGUGGGGUGGACAACACCACGGCCCGGGAGAUCCUCGAGCACUACAGUCGGCAUAAGAACUCACUGCAGCUGACGGAUGUCUAUUUAUCGGCCAUGGUGUCUGUGUUCAUCCCCGUCCACCUGUGGAAGGACAGCAGGCUGUUCACAGAGCUGGCUCCUCUUCUACCCUGGGCCUCCCUGGCCGACAUCAAUGCUCUACCCCCACUGCAGUCCAACGCCUUUGUCCGGGGUGCGAUCAACGACAACCUGGCACUCAUGCGCCUGGCCCUGCGCCAGGCGUUUGGCCAGUGGUUCAGCCGGGCCAUGGCGCCGCUCAACAUGACCAGUGGCGCACGCUCUCUCAUCAGGGACACCGGGAACCUGAUCGUCUACCUGCCCUUCCAAAGCUUCCAACACCUCUCCCCUGCUCAGCUGCUGGACGGGCUGGAGGUGCUGCGGAGAAACACGCUCAGCACCCUGCAGCAGAACUUCAUAGCUCAGAGCAUCAUCGGUGCCUACAAGAACCUCUCCAUACAGGACUUCAACAGGCUGGGGAACCUGACCUGCCUGGUAGAGCCUUCAGAGCUGCUGCUCUACAGGAACUCUGAGGUUUUCCCCGUCAUCCAGAGACUCAUCUCCAACUGCGCCCAAUACAGGCUGAAUUUGCCCAGUGACAUGCUGGUCCCGUUCCUGCCCUGGCUAGGUGUGGACUUCUUGCAGGAGCUUAGCCAAUCACAGCUGCUGCCUCACUUCUCUGAAUUGGCCACUGUGUCAUUCACCCCUACACAGACGGCCCCGGCGGGUCUUCAGGCGCUGGGCACGCUGGUGGUGGGGCUGAAGGUGGAGACGGUGCGGGCCCUCCCAGCCGACACGCUGCUCUCCUCCCUGCCUGGCAUGGCCCAGAACAAGGCAGAGCUCAGACCACCCCUGGCCAACGCCAUCUCAACCAAACUCUGGGGCUAUCCUGAUGUGGUGAACCGGCUGCUGAAUGUUGCCCCUCUCCUGUCCAUCACUCCUCUGCUCAGCGUGCUUCCCCACACAACUCUACUCAUAGCAAACAGCACAUACACCACCACACAGCCCUGGAACACACAGCAGGCCAAGGCAUUAUUCAGAAAAGUGAUGGAAUCCCAGCCAAACCUCACCAAAGAACGCUUCCUGAGCAUUGGGACGGUGGGUCAAGGUGUGAGCUGCCCGGUGCUCCAGAGACUCAUCGCGGGGUCAUCCAUUUCCCUGCUGAGAGAUAUCCUUCACUUCCUGCAAGAGCAGCCCACUCUCCUUCACACGUCACUGAAAAACUGUCUGAUAAAUGAGCUGUACCGUUUUGAGUUCUUCUCUGAGCUUCUAGUGGACAUGGGAGCAGAAAUUGCUUUGGCCCUGCCGGUGAGCACAGUCAGGAUGUUCCCUGCAGACAUGAUGGACAUUCUGAGGACCAUGAUUAUCCAGGACCCCAGGUCCUUCCUCCAGCUGCCCAGGGUCAAGCAGGAGCUGCUGGUUGACAAGCUGACCCAGAGACUGGGCAUGUACACGGGGGAGUACACAGAGAAGGAGUUCCACUCUCUGGGUGUCAUGGCCACGUUUGUGGUGGACGAGGUGUUUGUGCAGCUGAGGCGCAGCGUCUUCCUGAACAACCUGGAGCUUCUGCAGGGAUUCUGCUACAGCGCCACCAAGAGGUUGCAGGUGGCAGCCAUGUUGCAGGAGCCAGCGGUCUUCGGCCCAGUUGGAACCUGGACCGCGGUCAACAUUAGCCUGGCGGGGCGAUUUCUCUUCUUCCUGUCCAAAGACACGCUGCAGAAGAUUUCCCCGUCCCUGCUGAGCCUGAGCCACGUGGAGAGGUUGUUCCUUGAGCAGUCCCAGUGGGAGGCCAGCGAGGUGGGGCUCCACUGUGUGAAGAACACCCCCCAGCUUGAGAGGCAGGCCUGGUUCAGCAAGGAGGAGUUUGUCCUCCAGUACUUCCUCGGGUUCCUUCGGGGAGCAAUAAACACUGUCCAGUCUACCGUGGUGACGCCCGGCUGUGAGAUUCUACACAGCCUGGCUCCGUCUCUGUGGCCCCCCAACAGCCUGACAUCCAUGACCGACGAGGACUUCUCCAACUGCCUGGAGCUCAUUGGACAGGACCCCUUCCUCCAGCAAUAUCAACGUUCUCCACUGCUGCAGAGGGCCAAGCAGGUGCACGGCCCUGUGUCCUCCCUGCCCUCCAUAGUGGUCCCCCAGCUGGGAGGUCUGGCCGUUGCCCUCUCCAGGGCGGAGCUGGCCUCUCUUCGCCUCUCAGAGAUCAGCAGCAUCUCAGCCAUGGGCGCCGUCAGCACUUGGGAACGCACACAGCUGCCUGUGCUUUUCCAAAAUGUGGUGAAAGACAUCCUACUGAGUCCUAACCAGCUGGAUUCCAGCACUCUGGUAGCGAUGGGCCACAUUGUUUGUGGAGCAAAUGCCGCUGAAAUACAAACUUUCAAUGCCACAGAGUUCAGUAAGGCUGUGCUGUGGUUGGGCCAGUUGAGGCUCGCCUGCUCUGAGGAGCAGUUUGGUGCGAUGGUUACGCUUCUGAGUAAUAGACUUGCCUUCGGCAUCACCAGUUCCUGGGGGCAAGAAGUGUUCAUAGAGAUAGGCGUUGUGGCAGUUGGACUUCCUGAUAUGUCCAUGUCGGCGCUCGUGAAGGAGCAGCUCGAAGGCAUCACACCCCAGGCUAUUUCACUCAUUCCCCCAGAUAAGUUUGCUGUGGUGUUCAGCCCUCCCAAGAUCGGUCAUUUCACCUACGAGCAGGCAGUUGCGGUGACGACGAGGCAGCGUGAGGCGCUGUCUGACGCUCAACUGAAUGCCCUGGCCAUAGUCCUUACGCCCUGGGAUGACCGGCUUCCGAACCCCCGACAGGAAGGGUCAUUUGGGGGGACAGUCAGUCCCACUCAUCUGUGUCUCCUGCUGGGACUGCUGAUCUGGCUGCUCUUCUCUGCCCCCCCCGACCUUGAUCGCCCUGCACCCAGGGCUACCGUUCUCACCUUACCACCGGUCCCACCCUACCUACCAAUACCCGACCCAAACAGCACUUCACACUUUCAGUAUUCUAAUGCAUAA